AUGAGUGGGCAUUGGUUGCCAACUUGGGCUAUGGAUGAAAAUUUUCAAAUUACUCAUUCUUAUAACAAACACGAAUUCAUAGUUGACAUUGCCAAAAGGUCUUGUACAUGUAAUUUCUGGGAGUUAGUUGGUAUUCCUUGUAGGCAUGUUGUUGCAGCUUUAGGUUUUAGGCAACAAAAUCCAAAAAUGUUUGUUGAUGAAUGUUACUCUAGGGAAAAAUAUGUCAUUUGUUAUGGUUUUGCUGUGAGUCCCAUUAAUGGCCAUGAAAUAUGGCCUGAAGUUAAAGGUGAAGAGUUUCUACCUUCUAAGUACAAAAAAUGUCUUGGCAGACCAAGAAAAUUGAGAAUUAGAUAUUGUGGUGAGGAAGAUGCUAUAAGAAGAUUGCCUAGUGUAUCUCAUAAUUGUACAAAGUGUGAUAAGUUUAAACAUAAUGUUCAAUUAUGUAAGAGCAAGAAACAAGAUCCAAAUGCCCUGAAAAGAAAGAAAAAGGUCAAGUCUGAUGCAGGUACAAGCGCAACCACUAAAGUGAUGGUUAAUCAACCAAAUCAACCAACUGAGACAAGUCAACAUGAUACUUCUGCUCAACAAAACCAGCCAAUUGAGGCAAGUCAACAUGAUGCAGUCACACCAGAUACAUGA